AUGGAUUCGUCGUCUGAUGUGAAUUUCUUCCUUGAUCCAAAUUUCGCCCUGAGUCUCUACUGCAAAUUCGGUAAAAUCAGUGGAAUCGUUCCAAAAAUUAAGUUAAUUGUCGAAGAAUUUCGUAGAAAAAGUGAAACGGAAGAAUCGAGACCGUUGACUUUAAAGAGUAAUUCGAAAUCAAAUGAACUGCGCGAAAAUGCAUUAUCAAUUUUACGAAGCAAAGACACCUUUGCGUUACAGCGGGCGUUAGAGCUUUACAAUGAGUCUCUGUGUUACGCUGAACAGGGAAGCGAUGAACAUUUAGCUACUCUGUACGCUAGCCGGGCUAGUGUCUAUUUCGAUUUAAGGGAAUUCGAACUUUGUGUGGAAAAUAUCAAACUAGCCGAAGAGAAAGGUUAUACGGAAGAAGGUAGGCUUCAGCUGAAUAAAUUGAAAAUCGAUUGCCUGUGCCUGUUACAAAAAUAUUCUAACAAUCAGGAGAAUGGAGGUGAAAACGAUGCUAAAAUUCAACUUAAUGUCGAACCCCAUGCAGAAAUACCGUUCGCUGCCAGUUGCCUAGAAUUGAAAACUGACCCAAUCGGAGGCAGAUACAUUACGACAAACAAGGACAUUGAAUCAGGUUCGAUUAUAAUUGUCGAAUGUCCCUUUGAAAAGGUUCUGAGCAGCGACUGCAUUUAUCAGCGAUGUAGCAACUGUUUGGAACGAAAUUCGUUGCAUCUAAUACCCUGCCGAAACUGCACCAAGACCAUGUUUUGCUCAGAGAAGUGUUCACUAGAGGCAUUUGAAAAUUUUCAUCGAUUCGAAUGUCCGAUAAUCGAUUGUUUAAUGGAUGUUGGCGGCCAAAUCACGAUCCGCACCUUUUUGAAAGCUGUGCAGAGCUUCAAAACCAUUUCACAACUAAUUGAAUUCAUUCAAUCAGCAGACUCAAGCAACCGAACAGCAUUUUCAUUCAACCAUUCUGAAGCUCUGUCUCCGCAGCAGCAUUAUCAUCAAAUUCAUAGCCUUUCCACCAAUCUUGAGAUCCGACCGGAAUCCGAUUUAUUCACUCAUGUGCUGGUCGCGGCACUGUUUUACUAUCAAUUGAACUAUCAAUCACCGUUCAAGAGCUUGGUGAACGGGGAGUGUGAAGACAUUUUGAUGGAAUUGAUGUUUCGCAUUGAGCUGAUCACCACCAUCAACGUUUUCAGCUUUAACGAUUUGUCACAAGACGAUGAGAUAGUUGGUACUGGCCUUUAUCAAUUGAGUAGCCUCAUCAACCAUUCAUGCAGUCCGAAUGCCUGUCCCAAGUAUUACAAGAGCAAUUUAAUAUUGUACACCACCCAACCUGUAAUGUGUGGAGAAGCAAUAUCGAUAAGCUACCAGUAG